AUGCAAAGGGUACCGCCGGCCGUGCUGGCGAGCUACCGAGCUCUGUACGUGGUUCUGAGGGGGCAUGCCGCGGCCGCCGAGGACGAGAUAAAUCGGGACAUCAUGCGGACGGUCCGGGGCACGACCGGCCUCCUCCUCGACCUGAGCUCGGAGGACUCGAGGAGCGACUUCGCCGGAUCGAUCAACCGCGUCCUGAACGCGCUCGCCCACGUGGACAACAUGGGCUACUGCCAGGGGCAGAACUACGUGGUGGACGUGAUGAUGAAGGCCGGCCUCCCCGAGAGGGAGACGUUCUGCCUCUUCCUCUACCUCCUGCGGCAGGGCCACUUCCACGGCAUGUACCGGAAAGAGGUGGCGAUGCUGGCGGGCUACAUGGACAAGCUCGAGGGGCAGCUGAGGGGCCGGCUUCCCGACCUCGCCGCGCACUUCGAGGCGGAGCACUACCCGCCGCCCCUGUACGCCCUGGAGUGGAUCACGACCUUCUUCGGGCUCGCCGCACAGCCGCUGGUGUCCCUGGUCGCGCUCGACCUCUUCCUGGCCGGCGCUCGGAACCCGGUGCUGAGGCUGUGCGUAUCGCUCCUGGGAGAGAUGGAGCAGGGGCUGCUGGGUCUCGACCAGGAGGGGCUGCUCAAGGACUUCCGGUCCAGGGCGGUCGGGGUCGACGCCGAAGGGGUGAUCGUGCGAGCGCUGAGCGACGGCGGUAAACGCGGCGGCGGCGGGGACAGCCCGAGCGGAGGGGAGGGGGUGGAGGCGAAGCGGUCGAGCGAAGGAGGGGUCGCCGACGCCGGGGAGCUGGGUUGGUCCACAGGGCCUGACUAUUUGCUCGUGCUUCGUUCCCGCCACUGCCAGACCUUGGGCCUGGUGGAGCUGAGGGAAGAGGCGAAGAGCGGCCUGAUCGUGGAGCACUCUUCGCUACAGGACGCCCUGCUGGCGGUGACCCGGUCCCUCGGCUGGGACAGCCUGCGGACCUGCUGGCUGGAGACCUGUCUGGCCGCCCGUAGCGAUCACGAGCGACACACCCUCGCGAGCCAGGCCCUCCGGUUCGUGAUAGCCAACGGGGGCCACGUGAAGGCGGCCUCGUUUAUGCUCGGGGUGGGCGGGGCGGACGCGAACGAGGUGGACUCGCGCCUCCUCUCUCCGCUCCACCUCGUCGCGAUGUUCAACCGCCCGGACAUCGCGAGGGUGCUGCUCAUGUGCGGGGCGUCUCCGCGGCUGGUCGGUGGGGUUACCCGGGCCGCCGCGGCUCGAGGAGGGAAGCUCUGGUCCCCCCUGGAGAUGGCGGAGGAGGCGUGCACGGAAGGGGGCGCCCUGGACGACGGGGCAGCGCUGGGGGGAGGCCCCAUUCGGGCAGCGGGGUCCAACCCAGCACGGGCGUGGGAGUUGGGGGGUAGGGGGGCGGCGAACGUGGAAGGGGGGGGGGGGGGGGGCGCCCGUCCCGGGGGGGGGGGGGGGGGGAGUGGUUCGGGAAGCUCCGGUCCAGGCGGAGGUGGCGGAAGGGAUAGGCUUGAGAGCGCCACACUGUGGGAGUUGGGAAGCGCGAUUGGGGACGACUGGGAAGAGCUGUUUAACGAGGGAAACGCAAACGCCCGAGGUGGAGUUGCCCGUGGAUCGGGUGUGGAGGAGGACAGCUGGAAGCCGGGAGGGCUCCGACGGCCGGGGCCCGGAACGAUCACUUCGACCGAAGAGAUCAUGGAGGCUAGCGUCGGGCCGUCGUGCCUGUCCAUGUCCUCGUCCCCUGUUCCGUGGGAGACGAUGCCUUCGGUCCUGCUGGGCACGUGGGAGCGGAGGCCGCAGACGACGGUCCCUAAGGACCGGCACAGGCUGUUCGACAACUCGGCCGCCUUCGUUCGCGCCUGCUUUCCCGCCCAGACAUGGCUGCAGCAUCACAUGGAAGAGGAGAUGGGGCUAUCGCUCGGAGGCACGCUUUCUCGGCACGGCUGGGGCGGACCCUUCAAGGGUCUGGGAAUGGAUGGCGAGCACUUCAAUCCCGAAAUCAUGCAAGCGGCUAGCUCCACGGGGCUACAUAGACACAUGAGCUGGGUGAUGGCCGAGUCGGGGGUUCCGUGGGAGGCAAAUGACGACGCCUGGUGCUGCCCGGAGUGCUUCAUUUUGUUCUCUCUCAACGUGUUCCGGCACCACUGCCGGGGUUGCGGCCAAGUCUACUGCAGCGCCCACACCCCGCCCACGCCGGUGCCGUCCGAUGACCGACCCCUCAAGCUGUGCUGGUCGUGUGUCCUGGAAGGGGCGGUUCCUCUCCCGGCUUCCCUGGUGGAAGAGGAAGAGGAGGAGGACGAUGACGAUGACGACGUUUUCGACGAGAAUCCAAUACUCGGCAUGUCCCCGAGCAGCGCUCGAGGGAUCGCGGCGGAGCAAGAGCUCCUGUCCCCUACCGUGGCCGUGAUGAACUUGGACGCCGCGACCGCAGCUGCUGCCGCCGGGGCCGCGUACAUCGCGCCGCCGCAACAUAACCCCGACUACCUGAGGGGGCAAACUGGUAGCGAGGGAGGGCUCGGCGGAAGCGGCGGAGAGCGAAAGCCGCGAGGGCACAGGGCGAAAGCGGGCAGCAUCGGCGGCAGUAUCGAGGGAGGGCGCGGCGGCCGCGGCGGCGGCGGCGACGACGACGAGCGAAAGCAGCGAGGGCACAAGAAAGCGGCCAGUGUCGGCGGCAGCGGUUUCCUGUCCGCCCUUGUGUCUCUGAUAGAGGUCGUGGCCAGCCCUACUUCUCCCAUGCGGUCGCGCGGCGGCGGCGGCGGCGGCGGUGGUAAGAAGCCCGACGUGGUACCCGGGCGCCCACCGCAAUCUCCCGCGAAGCCGCUGGCCGUCGCCGCUGAAACUGGAGUGGAAGAUGCCGGCGACGCCCCGGGUGUAGGAAAAGGAGGAGGACAGAACUGGCGAGCGGGUUGGUCUACGCUGCCUGCCUCCGGAGAGGGCCUGGCGAUAGAAGCCCAACAGCAGCCCUCGGGGGGCAGGGGCGAAGAGGCCGAGUCGUCUCCUUUGCGGCUGCGCAAGGAGUACGACUCGGGGUCGGGAAGCCGCACCCAGUUGUCCCCGCUGAGGCUACGGAAGGAGUUCGGAGGUUUCAACUCGCACUCUACGGGAGGCUCAUUGGCCGAGUCUGUCGACGACGGUGGCGGAGCGAACGGAAAUGCGCACGGAGUUGCGGAUGGAGCGGCGUCGUUCGAAGAGACCCCGCCGCCGGAGCUGGGCUUCCCGAGUGAACGGCCGUGGGCCCUCGGGUUCGGGAAUUAG